UCUAAUCUAGCAGUCAAACACGCACAGAGAAUGUUUCGGAAUUUUUACGCAGAACAGAACAUGACAGACCCAAGAGACAGUUGGUAUAAGCCAAACCUGCUCUACAAUAUUCAUUACAGACCUCCUAAUCCACCAACACCACCAACACUAUCAACACUACCUAAGAUGAUUGUACUUACAAGGGAAUUCAACCCAAGUGUAUGUACCUGCGGUGAACACGGGUGUGUCACACAUUACAGGAUGGAGAGGGAAGUUGUUUGGUCAAGUAAGAAGGCCAGAAACGAGGCAUAUUGGGAGCUAAAGGAAGAUAUUCAAGCCAAGAGAAGCGCCAAGGCGCAUAGGGAGCUAAAGGAACAUAUUCAAGCUGAAAGAAGUGCCAAGGCAAAAACUGAAAGCAUCGUUGACGUAGGUGAUGACAGUGGCGGAGACGAGAUUGAAGACGACGAUCGCAAAAGUAAAGAUGACGAAGAAUGGAAGAUACGAAUUGAUACUAGAAGCAGAUGCAGUGACAGAGAUGGCGUUUCCAACAGCUUGCAUAGAUUUGAUGCCCAUUCACAGCAACACAAACCGGAUACUGACGACGUGUUACAGAUACCUAGUACUUUGGUUGAACUGGAGGUGGCAGAUAACGAAGACUUUGGUUCAGCUUUUGGCAUCUUGAGUGUGUACUGUGACAGUGAACUGCAUACAUGGAACUGGAAGAAUGAAUUCACUGGGUGAAAUGUUCAGUUGCAAAAUAUUACAGAUAACAGUUUACAAUUUUUUUUUUUUACAUUUUACGUUAAAAUAAAUGUUCCCAUUUUUUGCGGCAGUCUGUUUUCAGUUGACCCAGUCCGAAGACUUAUAUGUAAUUAAAAUACUUAUCUUGAAAGUUUUAGCUCCAUUUAUCUCACUUCUGAAAAAUGAUUAUGUUCUCAACAUU